ACGCAUUUGGCUUUUCACAUAAACAUAAACAUACAAGACAGAGAGACAGAGAGAGAGAGGUAGCUUUGCCUGCCUUUGAAAUCAAUCAAUAAUAAUAAUAAUCACAGAAGACAGCCUGCCUACCUUUAAUCCUAUCCUAGGAGAAGAAAGAAAGAAAGAAUGGCGAAGAGAAGGGUGUCGAGAGUUUCAGAGCCUAAUUCCUUUUCCUGCACAACCUUCAACAUCCUGGCCCCCAUCUAUAAACGCCUUAUUCACGAGGAUCAUGCUUGCAGAGAAAGUGACAUCAGAGCCUACUGGUUUCAUCGGAACCAACGGAUUCUGGAUCUGCUCUUGCGUGAAGAAAGCUCUUCCAUCAUCUGCCUUCAGGAGUAUUGGGUUGGAAACGAAGAACUUGUCAACAUGUAUGACACAAGGCUUGGGGAUGCAGGAUAUAUCAAUUUCAAGCUUGCCCGUACAAAUAAUCGCGGUGAUGGCUUGUUGACAGCUGUGCACAAAGACUACUUUCGGGUCUUAGACCAUCGCAACUUCCUGUUCAACGACUUUGGAGACCGUGUUGCUCAGCUUUUACAUGUUCAAGUCAUUGGUCUUUCUCAACAAAUUCUUAUAGUUAACACUCACUUGCUCUUCCCACACGAUUCAAGCAUGUGUUUGGAGAGAUUGCGUCAGGUAUACAAGAUCCUGCAAUCUCUUGAAGCUUAUCACAAGGAGAACAAUCUUACUCCUCUCCCCAUUAUUCUCUGCGGUGACUGGAAUGGUAGCAAGCGAGGUCACAUUUACAAGUUCCUUAGGUCACAGGGAUUUGUAUCAUCCUAUGAUACCGCUCAUCACUACACUGAUGCUGAUGCACAUAAGUGGGUUAGCCAUAGAAAUCAUCGAGGAAACAUAUGCGGUGUAGAUUUCAUAUGGCUUCUUAAUCCAAACAAGUGUAGGAAAGUACUCAAAACUAGUUGGAGUGAUGCAGUCUUCGGAUUGUUUAAGUAUCAUGUGCGGCGGGCCUCACUCACUGAAGAAGAUGCUUUUGCAUUUCUUAAGGCUGACAAUGACGGUGAUGGUAUAACUUACUCGGGCUUUUGUGAAGCACUGCGCCAGCUUAAUUUCAUUGGUCAUCCAAAUGGCCUGAGUAAGGAGGAGACAAAAGACCUCUGGGAUCAAGCAGAUAUUGAUGGCAAUGGUAUUGUUGAUUAUACAGAAUUCCAACAACAGAUAUGGAAUCCUACAAGGUGGGACCAAGCAGUUACAGAGGAAGAUAUAGGGUACAGGGUGAAGCAUGCAGUGCUGUACCCAAGGGAAGCUGAAAAAGGAUUGUGGCCAGAUGACUACUCACUCUCUGAUCAUGCCCGUCUCACCGUUGUCUUUUCACCAACGCGCCUACCUUAGUUCUUUCUUGAUUACCAAGAACCAAACAACCUUUCAGCAUAUACCGAGAGAGAGAGAGCUGGUGAUAAACUUUCAGAUUGAUAGGAAGAAAUAGUAUUUGCAGAUCUUGAGUGACCAUGUAUUAAUUAAUAGCCCAGACGUCUGUCUUCCUAUAUAUUGAAAUAAUCAACACACUUUUGGAGUAUUUGUUACUUGUUCUAAUCAAGCAGCAAUUACUUGUUUUCUUCUAAACUAAUUUUUUGUUAUAUAUGAUAUGAUGACUAAGAUACAAGAAUUGAAUUCUUUUUUUUUUUUCUUGUUACAAACACUCAGCAGAUGAUAUUUAAAGUUAUAAACCUGUUCUAAAUUCAAACUCAGUUUCCCACUGUAGUGAUCCACCAACUGCUGGGCAAGGUAUAAUUAGUGUGGGUUGGGGCAGGUAACUCCCUUGUUUUAUAAUCUUACUUCCAAGCAGGAUGGCAGUUUUUUCAUAGAGGAGGCUGCUUUCGAAUCAAGGUAUUGCUUGUUGCAAUCUGCCAUUUUUAUCUUGGUAAUGUAUCACUUCUCUUUUUAGAAUUGCAUACCUUUGUAAGUAUAUACAUCCUUGUGACUUCCUGUUUCUCUUUUGUUUUUUUUUUUUUUUUUUGCCACACACAUUCGAAAGCACGCUUUCUUAGACAAGAAUUUCUUUAGAAAUAGAUAUCCUUUGAGGUUUCAAUGCAAUUUGAUAAAGGAUUUCAUGUAGCUGGAAACUGAUGACCUUUUUCAUAGUUUGAUUGAUACUUUAUUUAAGGUGAGAAAAUCGUAAAGAAGGUGACAUGGGAAUAAAAAGACCUCUUAAAUUUUACAACUUUCCUAACCUGUUGGAGAUUCAUAACUUCCUCCUUGCUUUAAAGAGGUACUUCAUGUCAUGUGGUUAUUCUUGUAUCAUGCUGGAAAGCCCGAAACGAUAAGAUUUUCAACCAGGGGUGCGUGUUUCCCUCUAAGCUCGAUAUAAACAUCAAGUCUGUGGGCUUCCUAUGAGUCAAAAGCAGAUCCAAGUUACAAAGAAGAAAGACCUGAGGUAUGAUUACAGUUACAACUGAAAUGUUGAGCUCGAGUUUGGCUUGUAAAAAACACCAGCCAGCUCAUUUAUUUUAUAGCUUUUGACAUUAGACUGGUUGAAAUGGUGUUUGUUGAUGUUGGAUAGUUUGUUGUAUUCUUGUUUUGGAUAGUUAUCAAAUGGUAGUCGCACAUUGUGUUCCUUGCUCAGAGGUCAAUGGACCGAAAACCAAAAGUGCAACACAACUAACACUAAAUUUAUACUUUCCAGAGACCCACCUUCCGCCGAAGCAGUCCGUCCGCCUUUGAGAUUCAACACCAAUCUUCCGGCGGGCCAACUCAUAAUUGAAAGGAGCCACUGGUAGGGCGUUGGCAACUAAAACAGCGGAGACAAGAUUGGUAUCCUUAUGACCUUGAUAAAAAGGAGGAGGAGCAAGAGAGGAAUGGAGAGUUAUCUGCUGCUGGGCCUCGUAGGACGCAUAAACCUGAAUCUCUUGUCAUAGUAAAUCCCAACUCUCGAUCUGAUUUGGGUUUGUGGAGAUAAGUGUGAGCUGAAUGGAGGAAUUGAGGAGGUGUGUUGCAGAUACAUAAAGUGUUGGGGAGAUUUUGUGUGGAUUUGAGACGGACCGACAGUUGUGGUAUGCCCAAGGGUGGUAAUGAAAAAAAUAGGUAUUUGAUUCACAAGAAGAUUGGUGCCAUCUAAGCUAAGAAAUGAGAUUUUCAUUUUUCACCAGGGACUCUAAUCGUCUUUCUUUUAGCUAUGUGGAAUUUGCUUUGGCGGGAAUCUCUUCUAUUUUCAGAUUCAUAAAACCAUAUAUAUGUAUGUAUGUAUAACAAGUUAAAAUAUAUUAUGUUUUGGUUA